AUGGCAUUCCGCCGUGACCCAACUGGCGCGGAAGAGGAGGAAUCUUUCUCAUCCACAUCCACAAUGGACUCGGAUUAUGAAAUUCCUGUGGCUUUGCAAAUGCUCAAUGUGUGGAACAAUGAGCGUGUGUCCAUCAAGGUCUCACAAGCGCUUAGCACCAUGAAUACUAUCCGCGAAAGCGAGUCCAUGCGCUUUAGUAUGGUCACGGCAAACAAGUGGAAAAAGAUGGGCUAUCACCCAUACAAGCCUGACGCUUCAGGAUACACAGCGUUGCAUCGUGCUGCCAAGCGUGGAGAUGAAAUUGUCGUGACUUCACUACUUGCCAUGUACGAUGGAAAAGCUAUUGACCUUGUCUCUAUCAAGUCUUAUAAACAAGAGCAAAUUGCAUUGCACAUUGCGGCCAAGUACGGAAACCUUGAGGCCACACGACUCUUGGCCGCACCUGAAUUUCGAACACUUAUUAAUAUGCCAGAUCGUAAUGGCAAUACACCACUACACUUUGCUGUUACAAGCUCAAAACCAUCUGCGUGUGAAAUAGUGGCGUUACUACUCCAGCGAGGUGCAGAUCCAACACUUAAAAGCAAGCGAAAUGUCUUUCCUAUCAUUGCACACGUGCUAACGGUACAAGACGACGAUCCGGAAAUUGUGCAAGUACUUACAAAGAAUGGUUGUGAUCCUAAUACGACCGACACAGCUGGCAACACUGUGCUGCAUAUUGCUGUGUCACAGGGACUAUGGAAGAUUGCCGCAGCGCUUGUCAAAGACCAAGCAAGUUUAACAAUACGCAACAAUCAAGGCAUGAUGGUUCUGGACAUUUUGUCACCGCCACAAUUGGCGUGGCUGGCCAAGUUCUUUGUACACCCGCCGGAAUGGGUAUCCUAUGAAACACAACGCUCAUGCAUGGUUUGCUCGCGGAAGUUUAGUUUUCUUGUUCGACGUCACCAUUGCCGACUAUGCGGACGUAUAUGCUGUGGUCCGUGUUCUAAAUACAAGCGUCGGCUUCCUUUUACAGAUUUGUCCGUAAAACUACCAAGUAAAGGACGUCACGCAAUGGUGAAGGUUUGCAGUACCUGCAUUGAUGUGCGUGAAGCCGCAAGCGAGGAUUUAUCGUGGGCAAGUACAACUGCAGACCGAUUGAUUGCAAGUGACGCUAUGAUCGACUAUGACGAUACCUAUUAG